AUGGCACCCCUGUUUGUGGAGAUCGCGGUCUUCAGCAUGUGGGGAUGCAUGCUUAUAAUCGGCGGGCUUGUUCUGACCUCACAGUCGCUGGACCUUAUCAGAGUAGGCCCGUUAGUGCCACUGACGGUGUUGGCUUGCGUGAUGCCCUUUGCUGUGGGACUACACAUAAUGCGAAGGACUCUGUACCACAAACAUUUGCUAUUAGAAGGCCUGGCCAUGUUUGAUCUGCGACAUGCCCAAUGUCGCUUAGAGAGUGACCGAGAUUUCGUGCACAAAGCCAUCAUUGAUUGGUAUGGCACUGCGGAAGCCUUCACGGACUAUGUGCGAGGGCCACUGCACGACGAGCUCUUGAAGUCCUCGCUAAAUUUUACGAUUCCUGCUCAAUAUUACGCCAUUAUUCUACUUGGAUUUGUGUCAGAGAGCCUGGAUGAACUGCUGGGCUUGGUCGUAGCACGUGCUCCCUGGAGAAGUAUAAUCGGUCACCUCAUUGGCCACACCAUCGGCAUGUCUGCGUGGGUCAUCAUAGCGCUGGAGCUGUUGGCUUACAUCAGUUAUCGUUGGGCGGCACCGCGCAAAAGCUGGGCGUUGAACGUUGGGCUUUCAUUCCUGAGUUUCCUGCCUUUCCCUUUUUACAUAGGCUUAGGUUCUUCGUUGACCCGUGCAGCAGUUCGGAGGGGCUUGCGUCAGAGCUUUGUUAUUGCCUUCCUGUCUACAACGGCCUCGUUCUGCACGGUGCGUUUCAACCGGCUCCAUCCAGGACAAA